GUAUCGGCUAUGAGACUGCCAAGUUUAUAGCCAUGAUGGGACCAACCGUCAUCAUUGCAUGUCGUUCAAAGGAAAAGGCUGAAAGAGCUAUAGAACAAAUGAACGAAGAAUUCCAACAGGAGAAAGAGAAUUCAACACAGAACAUAAUAAGCGAUGACCGACUAAGCUUAGAGUUUGGUAAGCUGGACCUGGCCAGUCUUAAGUCAACUAUGGAUUUUGUGGAGGAGUUCAAGGCAUCCGAACGAAAACUGCACGUUCUCAUCUGUAACGCUGGAGUCAUGAUGGCUGACGAGAUUGUGACAGAAGAUAAUUACGAGCUCACAUAUCAGGUUAAUUACCUAAGUCAGUUCCUGAUCAUGGCAAAUUUGCUCCCGAUCAUGAAAACUUCCGGAAAUGACGUCAGAAUAGUUCUGGUGUCGAGUGCAGCACACAAGCAUUGUCAUUAUGAUGCUAACUAUGCGGCAGGACAGCGAAUGAAAAACCACGAUCCACUACAAUGCUACAGUAACACGAAGUUGUAUCAGAUAAUGCAAAUGUAUAGCAUAGACCGGAUGCUGGAGAAGACACACGUCGAAUUAUAUUCUGUACAUCCGGGAUAUGUGGCCAAGGACCUUUACCGGCGAAAUCGACACUUUGGAUCAAAGUUCAACUGUUAUCGAUGUUGUUUGAAAUGUUUAUGUAUGGUCAAGACCCCUCGAAAGGGUUCCGCCACGACGUUAUACGCUGCUGUCAGUCCUGGACUGAAGGGCCUUAGUCGAGCCUACUUCACUCACUCCCGGGACGCCCCCGCGUUUCCUAGUCGGACCGCCAG